AUGCUGAAACCGGACACAACCCAGCUCGUCAACACGACACUCCACGACCGCAUCCUGGGUACGCUCGUCGGCUCGGCCGUCGGCGACGCUGUCGGGCUGUACACCGAGUUCCUCACAGCGAAGCGCGCUGAGGCCGAGUAUCCCGGCCGUCGUUUCUCCCUUUCCCCGCCAACACCCUUUGCACGCGACAUGCACCGCCUCAAACACCAGUUGGGAGAUUGGACAGACGACACGGACCACGCCCUCCUCAUCCUCCUUUCCUUUCUGCACGGCUCGCUAACCCCGGACGACGUGGCCGCACGGCUGCGUGUCUGGGUGAAUCAGGGCUUGCGCGCACUCGACUCGCUCCCUCUCGGCUUGGGCGCGACGGUUGGCGCGAUCGUUCACGACCCAGCAUACCUCGACAACCCCGUGGCCGCAGCACUCAAAGUCUGGAGGAAAGGCAAUUGUAAUGUCGCGCCCAAUGGGAGCGUCAUGCGCACCCACCCCCUCGGUGUGGUGGGGUUAUUUACAGAAGAAGUUGAGGCGAUGGACAACGCGGCGAGACUGAGCGCCAUCACGCACGUCGACCCCCGAUGCGUCGUGUCGUGCAUGAUCGUUACGGCACUCGUGCGCGGCCUGAUCCGUGGUGAAGUGACUACCGAGGCACACAUCGACGGCGUGAUCGACCGGGCCGUUGAACGGUACAAUUGCGCCCCGGGCCCAUUCCAGGAUGCACUGGCGGUGGAUGUGGACGAGAUGAGUCUUGGACGUGGCGAGCUGCGAAAAUACACUCACGCCACAUCCCUUGCCACGCUGGACCUAGAUGUCGAGGGCAUUGGGUACGUGUACAAGGCGCUUGGGUCGGCGCUCUUGCUCCUACGACAGGCGAUGCGGCGUGUAGCGGAGGCACGCAGCUCACUUGCGGCCAAAGCGGUGCUGUUCGAGCCACUAAUCACCGACCUGGUCAUGGCGGGCGGUGACGCGGACACGAACGCAUGCGUCGCCGGCGCCCUCCUCGGCGCGUACGUCGGGUACACUGCACUGCCGGCACAUUGGCGUGACGGGCUGCGGCACGGCACUUGGCUCACAGGCAAGGGCGAGGCGGUGUGUCGCGUGCUCGGCGUGGUGGAAGGUGGGUAUGAGAGGGAAGAGGACACGGCUGUUGAUGGCGGUAGGGAGAUGGUGAGCGCCGACAAUCAGGAACGGCGAUGGAUGGAGUUGCAGGCGCGCAUGGCGGCGGAAAACACGGCGUAUCUCCAGAAGCAGAAGGAGAAGGAGGCGGUGAAAGCUCUGAAGACGAGAUGGUUAAGGUGGUAG